UUCAUAAAUGCUGCAGUGUGCGCGCGCAGCGUUCUGUCGGUAGGGUUUUAAUUUAAAUCGGACACAGAAGAGGUUCAGUUUUAAUUUUAGACGGAAAUAUGGCGUCUGAUUCAGGCUACGGGCAGCCUGGAGCUCCACAAAGCUUCGGAUCCUAUGGUGGAUCCCAGGGCUAUCAACAUGGUGGGCAGGGUUAUGGUCAAGGUAAUGGAGGCAGCUCGUAUGGUGGACAGGGUUAUGAGGGUUAUGGACAGUCAGAGAGUUAUAGUCAGUCAUCACAAGGUUACUCUGGCUAUGGACAGCAACAGCAGAGCUAUGAAGGUUAUGGGCAGCAAGGCUCUGAUUCUUCUUCAGGGUAUGGUGAUAAGUCUUAUGGGCAGCAAGGCUUUUAUGGGCAGCAAGGUUCAUACGGGCAGCAGUCUGAAGGAGGACAUGGCCAGUCUGGGGCGUCAUAUGGAGGUCCAUCAGGAGGUUAUGCAAGGCGUAAUGAAGGUGAUGGCAGGCGGUAUGGUGGUGAUGAAGGAGGUGACAGGUCUGAGGGGUACAGGGGCAGAGGGCGUGGUGGUUAUGACCGUGGAGGUUUUGAUCGUGGUGGUUAUGACCGUGGAGGCUUUGAUCGUGGUGGCUAUGACAGAGGUGGAAGAGGAGGAGGCCCACCCUCUGGUAUGGGUGGUGGUGACCGUGGUGGCUACAAAAAUUACGGUGGACCCAGAGACUAUGGUCAAAGGGAUGAUUCAGGUGAAGAACAGGACAAUUCUGACAACAACACAAUCUUUGUCCAAGGCCUUGGAGAGGAUGUCACAACUCAGGAAGUUGCUGAAUUCUUCAAACAGAUUGGAAUUAUUAAGGUGAAUAAAAAGACUGGCAAACCUAUGAUUAACCUGUACACGGACAAAGCCACCGGUAGAUUGAAGGGUGAAGCCACAGUCUCAUUUGACGACCCUCCUUCUGCUAAAGCUGCCAUUGAAUGGUUUGAUGGCAAGGAGUUCAAUGGAAAGCCCAUUAAGGUGUCCUUUGCCACCCGGCGGGCGGAGUUUUCCCAGAGAGGAGGAGGAGGAGGAGGGAGAGGGCGUGGAGGUUUCAGAGGUCGAGGAAGCUUUGGUGGAGGUCCCAAUUUUGAUGUUAAAGGAGGCGACUGGCUUUGUCCCAACAGCUCUUGUGGAAAUAUGAACUUUGCCCGGAGAUACGAAUGCAACAAAUGUGGCGCACCAAAACCUGGAGACAGUUUUGGAGACCGUGGUGGUAGAGGAGGCUACGGUGGUGACCGUGGUGGUGACCGUGGUGGUGGCGGCUUCAGAGGUGGAAGAGGUGGUUUCAGAGGUGGAGACCGUGGUGGUUAUGGUGAUCGUGGAGGCUUUGGUGGUGGAUACAAGAUGGGAGGAAGAGGGGAGCACCGAGAGGAAAGAAGAGACCGGCCCUACUAAAGGAUUAAAGCGGACUUUGUUCUGGCCCGGGAAGCUGAGGAGGGAGGGGACGUAAUAUUAGGAAUUAAGUAAAGAAUGGGUUCACUUUUUUCCACAGUCGGCAUAACAUUUUCGCCAGAGCAUCUCGUAUAUUACUUCCAGUGGCUGUUUUUGUCCAGUAGGAUCAUGGUCCAUCUACUGUUUAAGGACUCUGGUUUAAGAUGACUGGGAUCAUGAAGGGUGAGGGAGGGAAUGGGGUGGUGCUGGAGGUGAUUUUGCCAUUUUUGUUACUUCUGUUUUAAUUUUCUUGACCUGGUAGAAUUCAUGAUUGGUGUGUGGCGGACAAGUUAACAAGUGUCUUUGUAUUUUUUUCUGUUUUGUUUUGAAAGACUGAAAUGAACUGUUUUACUUGGGGAUUUUCCUUUUUGGAAGUGAUAUUAAACAUGAUUCUAAUCUUA